GGCGGCAGCGUCCGAGCUACGCCACACAGGGCAGGGGUGCUGGGUGUUGGAGCGCAGAGCGGGGUCGUGGCGGCGGUGGUGAGAAGAGAGAGGCGGAGGGGGGGGUGCCAUGGCGGGACAGCAGUUCCAGUACGAUGACAGCGGGAACACCUUCUUCUACUUCCUCACCUCAUUCGUGGGGCUCAUCGUGAUCCCGGCCACAUACUACCUCUGGCCCCGAGACCAGAAUGCCGAGCAAAUUCGAUUAAAGAAUAUCAGAAAAGUAUAUGGAAGAUGUAUGUGGUAUCGUUUACGGUUAUUAAAACCCCAGCCAAAUAUUAUUCCUACAGUAAAGAAAAUAGUUCUGCUUGCAGGAUGGGCAUUGUUCUUAUUCCUUGCAUACAAAGUUUCCAAAACAGACCGAGAAUAUCAAGAAUACAAUCCUUAUGAAGUAUUAAAUUUGGAUCCUGGGGCAACAGUAGCAGAAAUUAAGAAACAGUAUCGUUUGCUGUCACUUAAGUAUCAUCCAGAUAAAGGAGGUGAUGAAGUUAUGUUCAUGAGGAUAGCAAAAGCUUAUGCAGCUUUAACUGAUGAAGAGUCGCGGAAAAAUUGGGAAGAGUUUGGAAAUCCAGAUGGCCCUCAAGCCACAAGCUUUGGAAUUGCCUUGCCAGCUUGGAUAGUCGACCAGAAAAACUCAAUUUUGGUUUUACUUGUAUAUGGAUUAGCAUUCAUGGUUAUCCUUCCAGUUGUUGUAGGUUCUUGGUGGUAUCGCUCAAUACGUUAUAGUGGAGACCAGAUUCUAAUACGCACAACACAGAUUUAUACAUAUUUCGUUUAUAAAACCCGAAAUAUGGAUAUGAAACGUCUUAUCAUGGUUUUGGCUGGAGCCUCUGAAUUUGAUCCUCAGUAUAAUAAAGAUGCCACAAGCAGACCAACAGAUAAUAUUCUAAUACCUCAGCUAAUCAGAGAAAUUGGCAGCAUUAAUCUAAAGAAGAAUGAGCCUCCACUUACCUGCCCAUAUAGCCUGAAAGCCAGAGUUCUUUUACUAUCUCAUCUUGCUAGAAUGAAAAUUCCUGAGACCCUUGAAGAAGAUCAGCAAUUUAUGUUGAAAAAAUGCCCUGCCCUACUUCAAGAAAUGGUUAAUGUAAUCUGCCAGCUAAUAAUAAUGGCCCGGAGCCGUGAAGAAAGGGAGUUUCGUGCUCCAACUUUGGCAUCCCUAGAAAACUGCAUGAAGCUUUCCCAGAUGGCUGUGCAGGGCCUUCAGCAGUUUAAGUCUCCCCUUCUGCAGCUCCCUCACAUUGAAGAGGACAAUCUUAGGAGGGUUUCUAAUCAUAAAAAGAUCUUCCUCAGCUUACAGUGGGGUUACAUCCUCAUAAAGCCAUCGAUCUACAAAAUUAAGACUAUUCAGGAUUUGGUGAGUUUAAAAGAAUCAGAUCGUCACAAUCUACUUCACUUCCUUGAAGAUGAAAAAUAUGAAGAGGUUAUGGCUGUCCUUGGGAGUUUCCCAUAUGUGACUAUGGAUAUAAAAUCACAGGUAUUGGAUGAUGAAGAUAGCAACAACAUCACAGUAGGAUCCCUGGUUACAGUGUUGGUUAAAUUGACAAGGCAAACAAUGGCAGAAGUAUUUGAAAAGGAGCAGUCGAUCUGUGCUGCAGAGGAACAGCCAGCAGAAGAUGGGCAGGGUGAUACGAAUAAGAACAGGACAAAAGGAGGAUGGCAGCAGAAGAGCAAAGGACCCAAGAAAACUGCUAAAUCAAAAAAAAAGAAACCUUUAAAAAAAAAACCUACACCUGUGCCCUUACCACAAUCAAAGCAACAGAAACAAAAGCAGGCAAAUGGAGUUGUUGGGAGUGAAGCUGCAGUAAAGGAAGACGAAGAAGAAGUUUCUGACAAAGGCAGUGAUUCUGAAGAAGAAGAAACCAAUAGAGAAUCCCAAAGUGAAAAAGAUGAUGGUAGUGACAGAGACUCUGAUAGAGAGCAAGAUGAAAAACAAAACAAAGAUGAUGAAGCAGAAAAACAAGAAUGGUGGUGGCUUUAUAUUGCAGAUAGGAAGGAACAGACGUUAAUAUCUAUGCCGUAUCAUGUGUGUACACUAAAAGAUACAGAAGAGGUAGAACUGAAGUUUCCUGCACCAGGCAAGCCUGGAAAUUAUCAGUAUACAGUGUUUCUGAGAUCAGACUCCUAUAUGGGUUUGGAUCAGAUCAAACCCUUGAAGUUGGAAGUUCAUGAGGCUAAACCUGUACCAGAAAAUCACCCGCAGUGGGAUACAGCAAUAGAAGGGGAUGAAGACCAGGAGGACAGCGAGGGCUUUGAAGAUAGCUUUGAGGAGGAGGAAGAAGAGGAGGAAGAUGAUGACUAAGCAAUACUAUGAAUGGACCACAGUAUUUGCAACUUUUUGCUGUUUUGGAAGUGUAUAAUAAACCAGAAACAGUGCAGAACUGAUGUUGAGGGAGGUGUUUAGUUCUUUACUAGAAAUGGGUGCAUAAUAUAACUAGGCAGUGGUGAUGCCUUGGUACAGUCUGAAAAAUGCUUAAGGCUUGUUAAAGCCUUUCAAGUAUGGGAUGGUGCAUUUAUUUCAUUGGCAAAUGAUAAUAAACCCUUUGUUAUAACUGUCCAGAAGUGUGGGCUAUGUAUUAUCUGAUCAAUUUAUGGUCCCAGUAAAAGUAAAGGUACAUGAAAACCAAUCUAUAAGUGAGCAGUUUUUCUUUGUUUAGGUUUAGUUUUCAGCAAACAUGAAAGUAUGAUAAACACCACACAUGUUUUUAGUAACAUCUGCUCAAGUUUUAAGCUUUUGAUAAGCUGUCAUUCAUUUAUUGACAUUUUGCAGUGAUACAAGACUGUUUAUAACAGCUCCAUUCAUAGCUUUAAACUUUUUAUUUUUACCUGUCUUGGUCAUAAGUUGGCAUUCUGUCCCAUUCCACAUAAUAUAGAGGGCUACAUUUGGGGAUUUUACUUUUCUUAAUUGCCCAGAGUUAUCAGACAGAUUAUAAAAAAUGGCUUUUAAUGGCUUAAAACAUUUUUAAGCCUCUAUUUUAGCAGAUCAGUGCAGGAUCUAAUUCUUUUUAUAAGCUAUAGGUCUAAAAAUGAUUGUGGGACCAUAUGUUCUCUGAUGUUGGUGACUCAUGUUAUUAAACCUUUUUUAAAAGGUUCAUAAGCUGAAAUACAUUCUUAGCUUUUAAUCCACCUGACUCAGAAGCCUUUUAAGGAAAAAAAAAACACAUAACUUGCAAAGGAGGCAUUUUUUUGUAUUCAUUUUGGACUCCUGUCAAUAAAAUAGAAGUUUGACUCAUUUUAUGUUUGUAAUGGUGUGUGUCUUUUUACUUCCAGAGAAAGGAUAUAAUAGGAUAAUUCACUCUUUCAACUAAAAAUUUAAUAAUGUACAUUACUGCGGAAGUGAUCGCUAUUUCUGUAUGGUAUAGAAAAGCCCAUGUGUGGGAGGAAUUUCCCCCUCACACAUUGCAACCCAGAAGGAUAGUGCUUAUAAAGAGUAGAAAUGUAUACAUGAUGAAUCAUUGAGGUAAAAUGAAUAUUUUUAUUACUAGAUACUGAGGAAGCAUAUGUCUGUAAUAUUAUAAGACUGUAAUAGUCCUCGCCUAUCAAAAUCUCCGUAGGCCAAAGUACUGUUGGAAUACUAAUUUGUGACCUUAUUGAUUUAAAAGGUUGCCACAUUCCAUGCAGAAUUGGUAUUUUGUUACUGCGGUAGUUGGAAAUAAAAUUUGAAAAUUACCAAAAACAUGAAUGGUUUUUCUGGUUCUAAAUUUAGGAUAUAAUUUCUACAAUAUACUCAAAGCAGUUUCUUCAUUGGAAUUUCCAUCACCUGUUUUUUUGUUAGUUUGUUUCAGAGGUGUUAGUGAGACCCUUCCUUGGCAGUCAGUAGCCCCCCUGAGGAUUUGUUUCAUUUUACAAGUAGAAGGUGGGUUCAAUUUUUGAGUCAGGUUUUUCUGGGAAGCUCCAGUGUCAGGUGAGACAGCAGCUGGUCACCUAAGUGCAAUAGACAGGAGUGAGGCCAGCCGGUAGCAACAAGCAAAAGGGGGUUUGAGGAAACGUGUGACCAAACCAAACUGUGUAAUGUGCACAUCUCCUGGUUUUCUUGAAGGAUAAUAUUCAAGAAAAGUAUUUCUCUUCUAGUGGCUAUUUUGUCUGAGGUUUUAUUCUUUCAAACAACUGGCUUUCUGUGUUUGAGACUUUAGAGAGGAUAAUUUCACAAUCCAGUAACUCACCACAGUGCUUAAAAAAAACAGGAUCACCUUGACCUUAGAAAAUCCCACCAGGCUGUUUUCCUUUGCCCUUUGUGUGAUACAUACAUACUUCCCAACCAUGCAAGUACAUUACCCUCUAAUUAGUACUUCAGGUAAAAAAACCUUCCAUAUUGCAAUAGUGAAAGAACUGAGCCUUCAGUUUAUAGUUCCUGUCUCUCCAGCCAAUCUCAGAACUCCAUAUCCCUUCUUCUCUUGAUCAAGAUUUGAUAACAAACCCUGGUUUGCAUUUAAUCUAAUGGAAACUCUUAAUGUAGUUUCAGUUUUGUUUUCCUGAAGAAACCGACAUUUUAUCAACAGAAUAAAUGAACAUAUAGAUGAAAACAUUCAGUGUGUGUACAUAAAGUGAAACUGGUUAUUUAUGAAAUUAAGUUACUUAAAUUGUGUAAUAUUUUAAUCUCUUUAAAUUGGUGAAGUACCUAUUAAAAGGUAACUCUUCCAUGAGGAAACCACAAUUGAAAGUCUAGCAGUUGUUUGUCAUGUGUGUAUCUCAAUCUCAAAAGUCAGAUGUUUGUGUCCUUUCUAAAAAUUAAGUUUUCAUGAAUAUUUUUUAAAACUAAGCACUUUGAACAAGGUUCUCUGUAGAGAACAAUACUCUUCUAGUUCUCCCAGCUUGUACUGAGGGGUGGAGAAGGACGAGACUGUCCACUGUACUCCACUGCAUGGCGGGAAGCUCAGACCUCGGGCGCAAGCAAUAGGAGUAGGAGGAUGCCAAAGGACUGAUGCGGAAGAGGGUGGGGGAGGACGUUGAGCAAUGUAAUGAAGCUCUCUUGAGUGCAUCAUUGACCAUGACGUUUAUCUAGUUAUUUGCUUCAACAAAUCAAAACCAGAUGCAGGAGUGUUCUUUAGCAACAAUUACUUCAAAUGUGAUUCAGCACUCUAUAUAUUUUUUGAGUGGUUGCUCAUCAUUCAUCAUAUAUUCACUGAGUUGCUAUGAUUGGAUCCUGGAGUUAUAGAAAUAAAAUAAUUCAUGUUCUUAAGGACUCACUGGUAUUAUGACAGGAAGAUGUGUGGCAAUCCAUUCUAAUCCAUUUGCAUUAGCUAAUGGCCAUUGUUUGGAAUGCUUUUUUUUUUAAGUCUUUUCCACUGUAGGCAGAGGAAUUUUUUUUUUUUUAGAUGCUAGGUAUUGGCUCUUUAUUUUUUUUAAUAAGCGAAUCCUCAUCCUUUAUUUUGAAGUAUUUCUUUAAAGCACUUUUCUCCCCAAAUAUUCUUACUCAACUCCAUGAAAUCCCCUAUUUAGUUUGCCUUAAAAUGGAACAGCCAUCAGUGAACCAUGAAGUAACAUAUCACUAGCUGUGUUGUGAUUAGUCCAAAUAUGUCUUAAGUUAGCAUCAAACAUCUUCACACAUUUAAACUAGAUACUAGGGCUAUUUUGCAAAACUUUGAAAAGCUGUGAUCUUGUACAUUUUUCUGUAACCUGAGCUAAAAAUCCAAAUAUAGCGAUCAUUGGCAUGCUUUAGGACUGUGGUUUCAGGUGGGGGUGUGUUACAUCCCUGGGGUAUGCAGAUAAAUCAGUCGGUUGGGAAAAUGUUAAAAUGGUUAUUUGUAUUUACUCUCAUCCUUUUAAAUUUCUAUUUUUGUGUGUUUUAUAAUGUACAUAAUAUAUUGUACAAUUGUACACUUCUAUAAUUCGUAAAUAAAUACAUUUAUUGGUU